AUGGAUGACGUCCUCCGUCCUAAUAGUCGCGGGGCUAGCCUCAACGGCUCCUGGACAGAUGACAACAACACAAAAGCCUCUCCCUUCGAUCCCCCUUUCUCUAACAACGACGGGUACGAGCCGAGCUGGGAGCUAGAGGAUAUUACAAUCGACCAGAAAAACGCCAAGUCUUUCCUUCGCGACCAUGACGCCGUGGAAUGGGAUCACGCCACCGAUGCAGAUGUACCUACUCCUGAAAACAUCGACGGAGAGCCCAGUCAUCCUCGAAACAAGAGGAGAGCCAGGGCUCCACAUUAUUCCGUUCCUAAAACAUGGAAGAGAACAAAGGUGAAAUGGAAGAAACAAUGGCACUAUGAGAACUUCCCACAUCUUCAGACUCUGAGUAGUACAUACAACUACUUCAAAUACAAAGGAUGGCCAGCGGUAAAGAGAAGUGACAACAAAGGCGUUGGCGGCUGGUUUAUGCCCAGACCUGGGAGGUUUGGUUAUUGGUGGGGGGCUACUUGUGCUCUUUGGUAUCGCCCCGACAACUGGGAGAUAGACUGUGCAGAGAAAAGAAGAUGCGAGUGGCACGCGACCUACGCCAUUCACAAAAGGCACUAUAAAGAGGGCGUCUCGCUGGAAUACAUGGCCAUGCUGUACAGCUGGUACUGGUGCAACAUACUUGGAAAGAACUACUGGGAACCCAAACGUGGCUUCCGUUAUAACAUGUGCCCUCAACCGUGCAAGGGCAACCCUUGUCAUUACGUAGACCGUUCAACCAAAAAAUGUACCCAAGUAGGACAUUUCAAGACUCCUGACUACCAGUGUGGUUGCCAACUUGGUUGGACUUGGGACAAAAAGAAGAAAAGGUGUAACGACAGAAAUGUGUGCAACACCAAUCACAGCAAGUGCAACAAGGCCCACACCAAGAAAUGUCACGAACGCAUCGGGAUGGAUUACCAUUGUGAGUGUGAGGAUGGCUAUGAAGGAAAGUUGUGUACAGAAGAGAGAAACCCGUGUAUUGAAGAUGGCGGCAACGACAUGUGCCAUCCCAACGGCAAAUGCGUGCCAGUCAUGCGCACUAGGAUGUACACCUGCGAAUGUAAAGAUGGGUGGUCGGAUCAACCUGAAGAAGGCGCCAAACAGUUACCGGACUGUAAGAAGAAAGACGACCCCUGUGAGAAGAUAGCCUGUAUGAACGGCGGGCACUGCGAACACUCCAAGAACGGCGACGACAUUUACUGUGUGUGCAAGGCUGAUCAUGUUGGAGAUAGGUGCCAAUAUCGGAGACCGCACUGGUCGGCCUGGGACAAGUGGGGACCCUGUUCCGUGACCUGCGGGGCGCAGGGUGUCAGGAAAAGGAAACGGUACUGCGAGGAUCCCACAGGUCUGACUGACUACGACUGCUCGGGGAAGUGCGAGGACGAAGAAGUUUGCCGCCCUGCCGUCUGCAAAUACUCAGGCCGGUGGACCAGCUGGGGCGAGUCUACUCCAUGCUCGGUGAUAUGUGGGACUGGAGUCAGGGUCAGGUCCAGACACUGUAAAUACUGCAAAGACGCCGACUGUGUGGAGGAAACCCAGCUGGAGGCGGAACGAGGGUCACCUUGCGACGGCAUCAGCCAGGAGAAAAGCCCGUGUAACACUCAGGCAUGUCCGGUUCCGCCCCCACCCCCGGCUCCUGUACCGCCUGCCAAACCCCAGCCGAAGUGGUCAUCCUGGGGUGCGUGGUCGUCCUGUAGCACAACGUGCGGUCAGGGGCUCAGGAGGAGGACCAGAAAAAUGGGGAAGCAGGAACAGGACAAAACCGAGGAUUGUAAAGUCCAGCCAUGCCCAAAGGUGGUCACCACCAAAUGCACCACGUGGAGUACCUGGGGCGCAUGUAACGAGCAUUUGAAGAUGUGUUAUCGGACUCGUGACAGCGUUCGGGGAGAAAAAUGUGACGGCCACACGUACCAGCGAUCAGACUGCUCAAAGGGGCAGUGUCUGGGUAAGAUGAAGGCGGAAGGCUACAAGGAACACUUAUACAAGCAGCUGAAUGAACUAAAGCAAGGGCAAUCAGGAGAAGCUACGAAGCAACAAAUGAAAGAGCUGGACAAACGAGUGCAACAGAUGCAAGGGGAUGCCGAACUGCAAGCUGAAUUCGGCAAAUUCUUUAGCGAGGAGAAAGGCCGUUAUUUCGGUGAUGAAGAUACUUUCAUUAAAGGCUAUGAGAAAAUUGGCAUCGGAGAGUGCGCCCGCAGAUGUCUGGAGGGUUAUGGGGACUAUGACGGUGUCAACCCGGUCUGUAAGUCCUUCAACUACCGACCUGCCGAUACAGAUGAGGAAACCAAGACAUCCAAAUGCUGGUUACACAAGGAAAACAAGGACACGUCCUCAAAAAGGGACGAAUGGACGAAAUGGCCAUAUCGCAAUUACUAUCAAAGAAGAGCAAGCGAAGAGCCAGCAGCGAAGAGCACGAAAGCAGCGAAGAGCACGAAAGCAGCGCAAAAGAAAAAAGACGAGUGCCAUUUUCCAUUCAAGUACAAAGGAAAAACCUACAAUUCCUGUACUACCGCCGACCAUACCCGUCCCUGGUGUGCUUUCACUGCAAACUACCAGACUAACAAAUGGAAAAACUGUGACGCAAGUGAUCAGAAAAAGAAGGCAGUUGCGACACAGCAAAAACCGGAGAAGAUUCCAGCUGAAGUCGGCAAAUUCUUUAGCGAGGAGAAAGGCCGUUAUUUCGGUGAUGAAACAACUUUUAUUGAAGGCGCCGGCUACGAGAAAAUCGGCGUCGAAGAGUGCGCCCGCAGAUGUCUGGAGGGUUAUGGGGACUAUGACGGUGUCAACCCGGUCUGUAAGUCCUUCAACUACCGACCUGCCGAUACAGAUGAGGAAACCAAGACAUCCAAAUGCUGGUUACACAAGGAAAACAAGGACACGUACUCAAAAAGGGAAGAAUGGACGGAUUGGCCAUAUCGCAAUUACUAUCAAAGGAAAGAUGUGCCAGCAGCGAAGAGCAUGGAAGCAGAAGAAAAGAAAAAGAAGGUGAUCAGAAGGAGAAGGCAGUUGCGACACAGCAAAAACCGGAGAAGAGUCCAGCUGAAGUCGGCAAAUUCUUUAGCGAGGAGAAAGGCCGUUAUUUCGGUGAUAAAACAACUUUUAUUGAAGGCGCCGGCUAUGAGAAAAUCGGCGUCGAAGAGUGCGCCCGCAGAUGUCUGGAGGGUUAUGGGGACUAUGACGGUGUCAACCCGGUCUGUAAGUCCUUCAACUACCGACCUGCCGAUACAGAUGAGGAAACCAAGACAUCCAAAUGCUGGUUACACAAGGAAAACAAGGACACGUCCUCAAAAAGGGAAGAAUGGACGGAUUGGCCAUAUCGCAAUUAUUAUCAAAGGAAAGAUGUGCCAGCAGCGAAGAGCAUGGAAGCAGAAGAAAAGAAAAAGAAGGUGAUCAGAAGGAGAAGGCAGUUGCGACACAGCAAAAACCGGAGAAGAGUCCAGCUGAAGUCGGCAAAUUCUUUAGCGAGGAGAA